UUCAUUUCAUAAGACUUGACACUAACAAGGGUAGUGUGCAGCAGGUUCUUUGUGGGGUCUUCUGCAGACAAGUCUAGAAACAAACGCACCGUGCAGAUAUUAAGCCAAAACAAGUAUGGCCGUGGCAAUUGCAAGAACAGUGUGGAGGAAAAAGAUCCCCCACCAUGUGUGUCGCAUGUCCUAUUCAUCAACAGUGCCUACUACGAAGCUUUUUAUCGACGGGAAGUUUGUUGACUCUCAGACUUCAGAAUGGCUAGAAAUCCACAACCCUGCGACCAACGAGGUGAUCAGCCGCGUACCGAAGGCCACUCAGGCGGAGAUGCUGGCGGCGGCGGACUCCUGCUCCAGGGCCUACGCCUCCUGGUCCGAGACCUCCGUCCUCAGCCGACAGCAGAUCUUCCUCCGCUACCAGCAGCUCAUCAAGGACAACAUCAAAGAGUUGGCCAAGUCUAUCACACUGGAGCAGGGCAAGACUCUGGCUGAUGCAGAGGGAGACGUCUUCAGAGGCCUGCAGGUGGUGGAGCACUGCUGCAGUAUCACGUCCCUCAUGCUGGGCGAGACGCUGCCCUCCAUCACCAAGGACAUGGACACCUACACCUACCGGCUGCCCAUUGGCGUGUGUGCGGGCAUCGCGCCCUUCAACUUCCCUGCCAUGAUCCCCCUCUGGAUGUUCCCCAUGGGCAUGGUGUGUGGCAACACCUACCUCAUGAAGCCCUCGGAGCGUGUGCCCGGCUGUACCAUGCUGCUGGCGCGGCUGCUGCAGGACGCCGGGGCGCCCGACGGCACGCUCAACAUCAUCCACGGGCAGCACGACGCUGUGAACUUCAUCUGUGAACACCCUUCCAUCAAGGCCAUCAGCUUUGUGGGCUCCAACCAGGCAGGAGAGUACAUCUACGAGCAGGGCUCCAAGAACGGCAAGAGGGUGCAGUCCAACAUGGGGGCCAAGAACCACGGCGUGGUGAUGCCCGACGCCAAUAAGGAGAACACGCUGAACCAGCUGGUGGGCGCCGCGUUCGGGGCCGCCGGGCAGCGCUGCAUGGCACUCAGCACGGCCAUCCUGGUGGGAGAGAGUCGGGACUGGCUCCCCGAGCUGGUGGACCGCGCCAGGAACCUGCGCGUCAAUGCAGGUGACCAGCCCGGUGCCGACGUUGGGCCGCUGAUCUCGCCCGAGGCCAAGACCCGGGUCAACGGCCUGAUCCAGAGCGGGGUGGACGAGGGGGCCAAGCUGCUGCUGGACGGACGCAGUGUGAGGGUGAAGGGCUACGAGAACGGCAACUUCGUGGGCCCCACCAUCCUUGGCAACGUCACGACUGACAUGAAGUGCUACACAGAGGAGAUCUUCGGGCCGGUUCUGGUGGUGCUGGAGGCUGAGAGUCUGGAUGAAGCCAUCAGCAUGGUCAACAACAAUCCCUACGGCAACGGCACCGCCAUCUUCACCACCAACGGGGCUACAGCCAGGAAGUACACCAACGAGGUGGACGUGGGUCAGAUUGGAGUCAACGUUCCUAUUCCAGUUCCUCUCCCCAUGUUCUCCUUCACGGGGUCCAGAGGCUCGUUCCGUGGAGACACCAACUUCUACGGCAAGCAGGGGAUCCAGUUCUACACUCAGAUCAAGACGAUUACAUCGCAGUGGAAGGCAGAGGACGCCACGCUCAAGACUCCCGCUGUUACCAUGCCAACAAUGGGGCGCUAAUGUAGCCUGUGAACAGCCCUCCUUUGUUGUAACUACUGACAUGCCUUAAAACUCAAAGAACAUGGAACGAAAUGCAACGAGUAUAUGUGUGUGUGCGUGUGUAUAUGGACAUGCAAGUGUGUGUGUGUAUAUGGACAUGCAAGUGUGUGUGUGUGUGUUGGGGGGUGAAGGGGGUGUAUUGCGUGUGCGUGUCAUCUUGUGGGGAUGGUUAUGAGUGAUGUUGUUAGCAGGUGUCAUUGUUUUUGAUGCACAGUGGUUGUAAUCCACGUCUGCAUUUCUUUCCCUGUGGACAGUCAUUAGUGCAGUUUGACCUGCUUUGAGUGCUUCACCUAGUCUCUCUGUUGUAGCAGCGCCCCCUUCAGGACAUUGAGGAGAAUGCACAUAAUUGUGCGCUCUUCCACAGAAGCACACCGUUUGGAUUGGCAAGUGUUCACGCUGUAACUACAUGAUGACCUCACUGAGCUCUAGGUCUGUCUGAACUGUCCUAAAUGUCCCACAGCUAACGUAAUGCUGUUCUGAUGUUAAUGAAUGGACUUAACCUUGUAGGCAUUAUCAACGUGUAGGUUAGACUGUGUGUGAGUGAUCUUUUUGUUUUGAUUGAAUGUUUGUUUGAAAAAAUUCAAAUGUUUAUUAGUGAGAAUGAAAAAAACAUGUUUUUCUGAGAUACCAGCUGCAAAUAAUGCAUGAUCAAGUGGCGCUUUGAUCCCCAAAUAAAACACUUUGUGACGGAA